AUGAGUUUAGCAAUCAAAAGAUCCAUUUCCGAAAUAGGCACAUUAUCGGAGACCGGCACAAUAGUCCCUCAAAUUCCAACCCAUCGGCUGUACAAACGAAUCCGGCGUAAUGCUUGCAAGUCCAACGGGACGCUCACGUCCAUCCUGGCAUACGUUAACCUACUGGAAGAUGCGACCAGCAACGAGGCCCUUCAGAUUCUGCUCAAAAUCACCGAUUCGAUGCAGUUCGAUGAAAACGAGUUCCCGGACGCAAUCCGCAAGCUGGUCGAACACUUUCUGCGUGAACCCGAGUCUGCUGUGCGUGUGAAAAUUCUCUCCUUGUUUGCGGAUCUGGCCACCGAAACUAGCAUCGAUGGUUAUCAGUUGAUUGAUGAGGUUAUAAAGCUGCUGAAGGUGGAAUCAUCCGCCAAAGUCAUCUCUCAGGGUUUGAUUGUGCUGGAAAAGAUUGGCAAAUCGUUCACUCCGUCCGUGGCGUACAUCAACCAGAUGGUGUUCUUUGCCAAGGUGAAACUAUUCUCGCCCAGCCACAACGUGCAACGUCAUGCAAUACUUCUGCUGGGCGUUUUUGUACUCAUAUCGGACGCCGAAAAGGAAAGUCUUGAAUUAAUCGGAAAGUACACCGAUUCGCCGGAUGCUCGUGUCCGGGCACAAGCGUUCCGGUCCAUGCUGACUCUCGGGGAUCGAGGGGUGGCACUACCGCCGUCUUUGUACCCGCGUGCUUGUGCCUCCCUUACAGACGAUUAUGAAUGUGUUCGGAAAGAGGCUUUGAAUAUGGUGUUCGAACUAGGAGUACGUCAUCCGGAAGAAAUGAUAAAAGUGCAGGACUCUGAACAGGAAGUUCGCCUCAUCGAUGACGCUUUUGGGAAGGUUUGUUCCGCUAUUUGCGAUCUCUCGAUGAACAUACGCACACUGGCCGCUGAGUUGCUCGGUGGCAUGACAAUGGUGAGCGACGAAUUCCUUCAUCAAACACUAGAUAAGAAGCUUAUGAGUAAUAUGCGCAAAAAGAGGAGUCUGCACGAGCGAAGUGCAGCUCAUUUCGCUAGCGGAGAAUGGUCCAGUGGCAAGAAGUGGGCCGACGAUGCACCGAAGGAAGUCAUCAGUGCGGACUCCGUGUCACUGAUGGCGUCGGGGGCGUGUGGUGCGCUUGUGCAGGGACUGGAGGACGAAUUUCUCGAGGUACGCACGGCUUCGGUCAACUCGAUGUGCAAAUUGGCCCUCAAAAAUCCACUGUUUGCGGUCACUUCGCUCGAUUUCCUUGUGGACAUGUUCAACGAUGAGAUCGAGGAGGUACGUCUUCGGGCGAUCUACAGCUUGACCGCCAUCUCGAGACAUAUCAUCCUGCGGGAAGAUCAGCUCGAAACAAUGCUCAGCUCACUGGAGGACUACUCGGUAGAGGUUCGCGAAGGACUGCAUCUGAUGUUGGGGGCGUGCAAAGUGUCCACCAAAGCUUGUCUGUCGCUCGUCGUGCAGAAAGUGUUGGACGUGCUGUUGAAGUAUCCGGAAGAUCGCCUGUCGACGUUUGGCUGCAUGCAGCGCGUUGGCCAAAAACAUCCAGAGAUCUGCAUGUCCAUCACACCCCAGCUGUUAAUGGACCAUCCGUUCUUCGAUAGUGCCGAACGGGAUGUAGAGGAUCCGGCAUAUGUGUGUGUUUUGAUUAUGCUAUUUAACGCUGCCCAACAUCUUCCGGCCAUGCUGAGUUUAUUCCCGGAGACCACAAUCAAACAUUAUGCCUACCUGCGAGAUACGAUGCCGAACUUUGUACCUCGGCUAACCGUAGGCGGCGAUACGAAGGAGCUCCAUCUGGUCGGAUCAACCGGCUCGAGACAAUUCCUGGAGACACUCUUGAGCAACAUCCAGCGGGCGUAUUCCGCUCCUCAGGCGAGACAAGCGCUGCUCAAAGCCGCCCAGGAUGAUUUGGAUCGUCUUGCUGAAAUUGAUCCCACCUUUUCUGGAACGGCCAAUUUCACGUCCGUGUUCUUCGGUGCCCAGUUGCAGAUGGAACAGCUUCAGCUAGCAACCACCGGACUGUCGAUCAAAGCUCCGAUCAAGGAAUGUCUCCUGCAGUUAAUCAAAAAGUGUCUCAUGUUGCAGAAUCUGUUCUCCAACCUGACCAAUGACGAUCAGUUACUCGUGAAGCAGAUGUGUCUUCGUGCGAGUGCCCUCAAUCUGGUGCUGAUCGUGAAGGAUCGUUCACAGAGUGCCCUCGGGCCUUGUCAGCUGUUGCUACAUAUUGCCAGCGAUGCGAGUAGUUUUCUGCAGGAAAAUUCAUUGCUUGUUGCUGACACGUUUACCAGCGCGAUUCUCACCAAACUGGCAGCGGUAGGCGAUCCAAAACCUGGCCGCGUGUAUCGGGAAAUUUUGCCGAUAGUUCAAACGGCCGCUCCGGUCGUUAUUCCACAAAUCAACACAAACAUAAAAAUGUGUAAAGCGCGAAUUAUCGAACCAACCGAGUCCUCCUACAGCGCGGAGAACGUCAUCAAGGUUACGGCUGGAUUGAUAGCAGCGGUACCGUUUGUGGCGGAGUUGGAAAAUCUUCAGCAAAGCCAGCGGCAAGAUCUUCGGCUUAAAGUGAAGUAUCCCGAUCAGAAUGUGCACAUCAUCGUACCACGCAAACGCGACUUGAAGAAGGUUAUGACGGAGCAGGGUGAAAGUGAAUCGCAAUGGCGACUACGAACCAAGGUUCUGCUGUCACACGGCGUAUGGACGGAGGCGUCGACCGUUGAGAUUACGAUUUGUUUGUCGGUCAAGCCAAACAAUGAACUCGAGCUAUGCAAACCGGUAAAGGUGCAUUUUGCUCCAAAGCCUGUCAAAAGAGGGUUGUAA